AUAACCUGUGAGGUAUUGCAGAGAACUUGGGUUACUUAUAUUCUGUGCUGAAUGGCUGAGGAAGACGUUGUAAGGCCAAAUAGGCAUUUGGAGAUAGCCCAUGGUACUUCCACCGAUGAGGUUGAGAAGUUUCAAUUUGUAGACUCUGCUGACGAGAAAAGCAAGUGGAAGAAGUUUAUAGCUUAUUUUGGGCCAGGCUUUCUUGUGUCCAUAGCCUACUUGGAUCCUGCCAACUUGGAAUCAGACUUAGAGGCAGGUGCAAAAUACAAGUAUGAGCUUCUUUGGGUCAUUCUCCUUGCCUGCAUUUUUGCCUUGAUUAUUCAGUCUCGAGCAGCUAAUUUGGGAGUCGUCACAGGCAAGCACCUUGCAGAACAUUGCAGAACAGAGUACCCUAGAAAGAUAAAUUACAUACUAUGGCUGCUGGCAGAAGCGGCUGUAAUUGCAUCAGACAUCCCUGAAGUUAUUGGAACUGCUUUUGCAUUGGAUAUGCUCUUUCAUAUACCUGUAUGGGUUGGGGUCCUCCUAACAGGACUCAGUACUCUCCUCCUCCUUGGCCUGCAGAAAUAUGGGAUAAGGAAAUUGGAGUUAGUAAUAACUUUUUUAGUAUUUACCAUGGCCGGCUGCUUCUUUGCGGAACUUGGACAUGUUAAGCCCAAGUCCACAGAGGUCUUGAAAGGGAUGUUUGUUCCUCUGUUAAAAGGAAAUGGAGCAACUGGUCUUGCAAUCUCUCUGUUUGGUGCCCUGGUUAUGCCGCACAACUUAUUUCUCCAUUCAGCAUUGGUCCUUUCAAGGAAAAUUCCUGCCUCUGUUUCUGGAACUGAUACAGCUUGCAGAUAUUUCUUUAUAGAGAGUGCGUUUGCUCUGUGUGUGGCAUUUCUGAUCAAUGUGGCGGUGGUUUCUGUGACUGGAGCUGUUUGUACGAUGCCCAAUUUAUCUGGUGAAGAUGCAGAGAAAUGUGGAAACAUGAACCUCCAUAACGCUUCUUUUCUCUUGAGAAAUGCAAUAGGAAAUUGGAGUUCUAAAAUAUUUGCAGUGGCGUUGCUGACAUCGGGGCAAAGUUCAACGAUCACAGGAACAUACGCAGCUCAGUAUGUGAUGCAGGGUUUUCUCGACUUAAAAAUGAAACCAUUUUAUAGAAAUCUUAUCACACGGGGCAUAGCAAUCAUUCCAAGCCUGGUGGUGGCGAUCAUUAGUGGGAAUUCUGGCGCAGGAAGACUUAUAAUCAUUUGCUCGAUGAUCUUAUCUUUUGAAUUACCAUUUGCUCUGAUACCUUUGUUGAAGUUUACUAGCAGCAAGAUAAAGAUGGGACCUCACAAAAACUCCAUUGCAGUGACAAUUUUGGCUUGGCUCAUAGGAUUGAUUCUCAUAGUCAUAAACAUAUUCUUCCUUAGCACAGGAUUUGUGGAUUGGCUCAUUCAUAAUGAUCUUCCCAAGGUGGCUUCUGUGCUCAUAGGAUUAAUUGUUAUCCCAACUAUGUUAGUUUACAUAGUGGGGAUUUUGUAUUUGGCUAUUCGAGGAGACAAGGAAAUUACUUAUGUAGCACCAGUAGGAUCAUCUCGUCACAACAAUGAAGGAAAAAUUGAUCAAAUAUAGAAUCAAAGAAUUUCUACUUCUUUGCCUAGUGAAGAUAUUAGUGGCUUGCAGAAGCCACUAAGUGUUGUAUGGCAGUAAAAUCCUCAAUGAAUAUUUCCAUUGUUUUAUCUUUAGUACAUGAGAAAAGCAAGGGAAAGUUGGGAGUGGUGUAUAUUCCAUGGGUAGAUAACUUAUUCUUCUUCUGAAGAGAAAAAAAAUACAUCCAAAUGGUGGUUUUAUUUUCUUCUUUAUGUAAGAGAUCCAUGAGAAAGACUAGUUGGCAUUGAAUGAUGACUAGUAACUUACGUAGAGUUUGUGUU